AGAGCUUUUCGACAAAAUGGACGACUAUUUUCGGCUAGUGGGGUUUGCUUAGAGCAAAUGUCCACUGUGCGGGGGAACGGAGGCUGAGUGGGUCGAAUCGGUUCUUUCUUUUCGGCCUCCCGAUCAUAGCUGGGUCCGUCACUGGCUACGUUGGCAUCGCUCAGAUCGUUGCUGGGAGAACUGAGGUUGUCCACGAGCGCAACGAGAGGGAUUGGGAGCUUCUAAAGGUGACGCAGGCGCUUUCCAAGGAGGGGGUUCUCAAGAACUUCAAGCAAAGCAAACCCACCACACUCGAGGAAGACUUCAAGGCAAUCCAGCAGCAAGUAGACAUCAACAAUUUCGAGUACGAGAAAGUUCCACGGCCCGGAGAGAAAGCCGACAGGUGAAUGGAUCACGAGAAACGCAAGUGUCAAGGAACACAGAGGUUUAUGCAAUUCGUGGGAGCGAUCUCAAACAUAGUCGCAUUUGGGGUGUGUGUUAUUUGGGCGUGUCUCCCCGAACCUUGGCUUCAUUACCUUGGAAUAACGUCCUAUCCUGACAAGCUUUUUAUGCUUGCGAUUCCGUUUGUUCUUCUCAUUUACGCGAGUUUGAACCAUCUGGCAACACCCCCAGCUUCGUCCUUGAACACCUUGUUUGUAACAGUUGCUGGUGGACAGGCAAUUCAGCCCAUCGGGGAUUUGCCGUUCGUUCAAGUGAAUCGGGCAAUGUUUGUGAAACCUCUCGGAUGAGGUCAUGUGAAAACUUGUGAUCAAGAAGGAUCAUUAAAGGAGUUUUUUUAAAGAACUAUGUCAACAAGAUGGUGGUAAUCUAAAUAACUAUCUGCAAGAUCUUUUACUUUA